UCCCAUCAGGCCUAUGGAUUGGGUGUCCAUAACAUCCUUAUUGUUGUGGCGAUAAUCCUCUUUAGUAGUAAUGGAUGCUGUAAUAUUGGUAUAUAUUAUUACACUUGCGCUGAAACAUAAAAUACUUCAUUUUUAGGCCACGGAUUGUUUGAAAUAUUAUAUUGUAGAUCAAUCCUUCUCUUUCUCAGUUAUCUAGAGUAACUAAGUUAGCUAGCUAGCAAGUUAGCUGCAAUUACUGUUAGCCUCAAUAAGUUCAGUAACAAGGAGGUCAGCUAGCUAACUUGCAAGUGUGUACGUAUUGACCUGCGGGCGGGGAAAAAUGGCAAACCUCUUCCAAAAGACAAAGUGGGGACAGGAAUCAGAGGGAUGCACGACGAGAGAGGACACUCAGGAGGGCAUGAGCCGAUAAAAACGGAAAAGGGAUAAUGAUUUCGCGAUACAGUAGGAGACUAGUAUCGCACAAUCUUGAGAUUCGGGGCAUAUCCCGAAGCAGCCUUGACCAUCACCCUCUCCCAGAGGAGGAAGACGAUGACUUCCUCCCCCAGCGCCUCCUCCAUGACCUUCAGGAAGCUGUCUCCACUUACAACAGCUCGGAGACGACAUCUGCAGCCUCUCGCCGGUCAGACUGUCCAACGGCCACUACUGGAGACACGACGCGGUCCUGGUCUGGGAUCCACAGCUACACAGGGACGGGUAUCUCUACAGAGAGGAGCUCUGUGUUCUCCUGGGGCUAUGAUGAAUUUGACAAGGCGGCGUCGCAAMAGGUGCAGCAGAUGUUUGAGGAGAUUGACGAGGAGCUUUAUGAGGGGCGGGGUGGGGCGCAUCUACGGGGGCUGCAAGAUGAGUGUCAUCAGUGGGCCUUCAGGUUCCCUCACCUACGGAUUCUGGGUAGUCAGCUGGUGUGUCCCAGUGACGAGGGCUUCCAGUGGUACGCCACUUCAGGGGAGGGGACCGGGACAGCCAGCAGCAGUGCAGCUGGACAAAAGGACAGCAUCAGUAGCAAGCCCCAGGACAAGGACAAGCCUGGCCCCUGCACAGAUCUGUGUGUGCAGGGUAGGAAGGCUGUGCUGUCCAGGCCCAGUGCGGAUGUUGACCACCCCCCUGGUACUCCCAGUGGAUCCAGAGGUCAUGACAGGCCCAGGGUGAUCGAGGCUGAAGGCCUGAUGGAGGAGUACCUGGCCUUUGACUGCAGGGAAUUGGAUGACAAGUGGGAGCGGGGGUGCAUGGGGGCUGGUCGGCGGCAGUACGGCCUGCCUCCGGUGUCUCCCUACCGCUGUCGCAGACAGGCAGUCCUCGACCUGCUGUUUGACGAUGUGUGGCGAGAGCUGUUUGGCUGGAUGGAGGAGCUGGUCCGCAGGCACUGGGAGGGCUGUGUGUCAGAUGAUGAGAAAAAUGCAGUGAACUUCAGCCCAUCCCAGUCAGAUGCUCAGAACCCUUUCCAGCUCCUGUCCACACUGCCCACCCAGAGCAGGGUGCCCCAGCUAACAGGAACCCCGCAACCCCAGACCACAAAAUCAAGGGGCUCAAAGCACAAGCCCAGGCGGAAAUCCAAAAAGCAGAAAAAAUCAUCCACUGUAUGCAACUCUCACCUAGAGGCAAAAUGUUGCCGAUCGACGCCACCCACAGCGUCCAGUCGGGUUACAGUAGAGGCGGCGGUGACACAUCACAACCUCAACGAACUCAUAGUCAUCCACGGCAUCCCCCUGCAGCAGAGGAACCUGGGAGUGAUGGAGAGAGCCCAGUAUGGAGACCAUAAGGACCCUGAGGAGAGGGUGAUGACCCAUAGGCCAGGGUCCACCGUGAUUCCGUCUAGCAAGCCACGUCCUCGCCGGGUGCUAGAGCAGAGCUCCUCCUCCCUGUCCCGCCCUGCCCAGUCGGCGAGACGCCGUAACCUGCCUCCGCGCACCCUUUUGCCCCUGGUUCCCAGCCUGACGCAGUCCAGUGCCGCUGGCUCCAUGGAUGAGGUCAUCCGUGGGACGCGCCUACCCACAGCCAGUGACCGCCUGGCCUCUCCUCCGAUGCCUCUGAGCAGGAACACACUCCUUCCUCCCAUCGGCUCAGGGGACGCUGAGCCCAGGCACUCUGGACAGCACUUCAGACCUACUCAGCGGCAUAGACACUCGUCCAGUCGUGCCCACAGUGCUGUUACAGAUGAGGCAGGUAGUUUGCUUCCUCGGGAUCGGCUUCAUCAAUUGGACGUAUUCUCCCGUCCCAACACCACCCACACCUACAGGUCGGACACCCCUUACCGCCGCUCCUUCACGGUGCUGGACAACAUUGGACAGGGACGUCCUGGCAGGGCAGCUGUGGGUACAGACUCUCUGGGAAUUGGAGUGACGGGCAUCAGUCUGGGCAUCAGCAGCUCCUCCUUCCUGGACUCCUUUGCCCACCACCCCCUGGGCCACUCCCCCAUUGAAGAUGAGGAGGAGCCUGACACAGAAGCCCCUCCYCCAGGGCGCGCCACUAGGCAAAAUACACAGCUCUACUGGUGCCUGUUUCAGUCCCAGCAAGCUCCCACAACYGGGGUGGCUUCAUGUCCCGCAGUAGCAGACCUGGGUUGUAGCUGCUUUGACCUCGCCCACCUCCACCUUCUCCAACCACACUCUCCUCAGCACAGCAGGGUGCAAGCCCUGCUUCCGAUCCCAACGGUGCCCUCCAACGACACUUUAUACAGAAGCAGAUCUUUUGUACAAUGUACUGUUUUUAUUUAUUGAUGCUUUUUGUUUUUCGAGAGCCUUAUUUUUGUAUUUUGGAACUCUCAGCUUACCUGGCUGCCAAAGAUAGUAAACUGUCUCAUUUACCACCUGUAUGUUGGUAUGUACUCUACCGUUCAAAAGUUUGGGUUCACUUAGAAAUGUCCUUGUUUUUGAAAGAAAAGCAAUUUUUUUGUCCAUUUAA